AUGGAGCAGUGGGUGUACUACCUCUGCCUUCUCUUGGCUCUCCUCCUUCCUCUCCUUCUCUUCAAGCUCAACAGGAAACACAGCGGCGGCAAUAGCGGCGUGCGUCUGCCACCCGGUCCGUGGCGGCUACCGCUCAUCGGCAGUCUUCAUCACCUCGCCGGCAACCCGCUCAUGCACCGUGUCACGGCCGACCUCGCUCACCGGCUCGACGCGCCUCUCAUGUACCUCAAGCUCGGCAAGGUGCCGGUGAUGGUGGCCACGUCCCCGGAGGCUGCCCGUGAGACCAUGCGGACACACGACAUCGUCUUCGCUACGCGGCCGUUGAGCCCCACGUUGAAGAUCAUGAACUCUGAAGGGCUGGUAUUCGCUCCCUAUGGCGCCUUGUGGCGCCAGCUUCGCAAGAUUUGCAUCCUGGAGCUUCUCAGUGUGCGCCGCGUGCAGUCGUUCCGCCACAUCCGGGAGGAUGAGGUCUGCCGACUCGUGGCCGCCAUCACGGCGACGCCGCCCAUGAAGCUCGUGAACGUGAGUGAGCGAAUUGCCAUCCUCAUCAACGAUUCGGCGGUACGCGCCAUGAUCGGGGAAAGAUUCAGGAGGCAUGAGGAGUUCUUGCAGACACUCGAGGAUGGUGUCAAGAUCGCCAGCGGGUUCAGCCUUGGCGAUCUGUUCCCGUCGUCGUGGCUCGCGAUAUUCAUCAGCGACACGACACGGCGGGCUGAGGAGUACCACCAGAAGAGCUUCGAGCUCAUGGAGUACGCGAUCAAGCAACACGAGGAGCAGAGGGCAACCACCGCCUCGGCGAGCGGUGCCGUGGAGGAAGGAGAGGACCUAAAGGAUGCGCUCUUGAGGAUACGCAAGGAAGGUGGCCUCGACGUGCCCCUUACCAUGGGAAUGAUCAAAGCAGUUAUACUUGAUCUGUUUGGUGCCGGAAGCGAGGCAUCAGCAAUCACUCUUCAAUGGGCCAUGUCAGAGCUCAUGAGGUCCCCAAAUGUGAUGCGGAAGGCACAAGCCGAAGUACGCAAGAACCUGCAAGGAAAGCCGAAGGUGACCGAGGAUGACUUGAUCAAUCUCAAGUACCUCAGACUCGUCAUCAAGGAGACAAUGAUGCUGCAUCCAGCUGCACCAUUGCUUCUCCCUAGGGAGGCAAGUCGAAGGAUGUGCCCUGGAAUGAUGUUUGCGCAAGCUAGCAUCGAGAUUGUACUGGCCGCACUUCUCUACCACUUCGACUGGGAGCUCCUGGGAGGGGUGAGACCAGAUGAGCUGGACAUGACAGAGGAGAUGGGCCUCACCGUCCGACGGAAGAACAACCUGUACCUGCACGCUGUGGUUCGUGUGCCCCCAGUUUAA